UGGAGCGUGCCAAUCGCAUGCCAAUUACGCGACUUCAAUGGCCGAGUGAGCGUUGCUGUCGCUGAGUUGUUACUGAUGUUAUUAAAUUGGCACAAGAGGAGCAAAUAUGAUAGGCAAACAAAAUCAGCCGGCUGACGAUGAAGACAAUCAGUCGCGGAUAAAAUUGAUAGCGGACAAGCGGAGGUCAUUGGAGGAGAGAUCCGCUCAGAUUCAGGCAGAGAUUAGGAGCUGCUUCAAGGAACUGGCAGAAGCCCUACGAUCCAGGGAGAGGCAAUUGCUGCGCCAAGCCGAAGCUAUUCACCGACAGCAACUCUCACUGGUCGAAACAUCACUGGACUUCCUGCCGUCGUCGACAGCCGUCCUGAAUGGUGGGAGCGAACUGGAGGAGCAGAUACGUCGUUUCGGCAAUGUCGAGGUGCACGGAGCGAACGGUAUCACGGUGAAGGACGUGGAGCCGUACAAGGUCGCGGAUUAUCAGGACGCCAACAAGGACCACGUCAGUUUCGACAAGUCGAUCACAUGCCAGAAGAUCCGGGACCGCUUGAGCCUGCCGCGCUGCAAGGAUUUCGUCUCCGACUACAAGACAUCACUGCGCAUCUCCAGCUUGCCACCCGCUUUUCUCAUCGAGGAUCAUCGGCGGAGUCGAGACGCGCGGAACACGAGAGACAACAACGCACUGAUGCGUCUCAACGACGCCCUGUGCUCGCCGCUUCUGAUCAUAAAACGCAAGCUCGGCCUGACCCACGUUUCCUUGGAUGGCCUGCACGCUUUCGACAGAGCGUAUCCGCGGAGCGUGCGGUCUUUCGAGAUGUCCCCCGACCUGUGCGAGCUACAGGACCUGACGAACGAAACGGCGGAGGAUGAUUUGCAAGAGCUCGACAAGGAGGUCUCGAAGAGCCGAGACGAUGCUGAAGUGAUCAUCGAAUACCCGAAGAAGCGGGAGAAGAGCCACGAGCAUCCGAUGCAGGUGCAGCAGUGGCUGCGGCAGAUCCUCGCGGAGACCGAGAUAGAGCCCGCGAUUCACGAAGUCGGACAGUUUUCGGAGAUAUCGAGCGUGAAACUUUGCAACGAGCUGUAAUAACAGCAGAUCUUGCUAUUCACGUCUCGGCGUUUCGUUUGGGGGCCAAAGUUUCCAAAGCUAAUGGAAAGCAAAACCGAGAAGGCUGAUCUACCUUACAUCAUCUUAGACUUACAUACCGGAUACUCUUAGUUGAUACGACCUAUGGCGUAAGGUCAUUCGAAAAAACGAUGAUAUUCCUAUGACGUCGUGGCCUUUCCGUAAUCGAAGAAAAACGUGAAAAGGUACGUCGAAAUACGUACGGGGAAAAGAGAGAAAUAGAGAGAGAGAGAGAGUACAAGAAAAGAAUUUAUUGUGCACAUCGAACGCGAUAAACUUCAGUAUCUCGGCGGCAGAUGCUCAUCACGGUAUUCUUUGCUUCAUAUAAGAAACGUGUUCAUCGUCCUCGAAAUAUCGAAAUAUCGAACAGGUCGAUCAGUGCCCUUUUAGCGAAAAGUAUCGCUUAAAAUGUCCGAAUUAUACAAUUUAUAAGGCUGUUUGUUCUAUUAAAAAAAAUCGCGUAUUUAUUAUAUCGUAGAUAUAAGUUUUUUUUUUUCAGUUUAUACCGCAGGCUAACGGCCUUUACGUAAUUGAUCAUUGUCAGUCGAGUGUGGUGGAAUUCAACGUACGUUGCUAUAUCGUUCCACAAAGCUCGACAGUGGAUAAAAGCACAAUGACGCACACACACACACACAUACACACGCGCACGCACGCGACAGCUUUUUCCCGAGGGAUGAAAUUGACGACUGUACAUUGUUGUAAAUAAUCGAACGAUCUAAUUCAUUGUUACGUCAUAAUUCCGACUCUUUCUCCGCACUUACGUGAUUAGAUUGUGCGUACGCUCAUCGAUCAUAUUAUAAUCGAUUGAUUCGAGUGCUCGGUUAUCGAGAACAUAUAUAAAAGCUCCGACAAUUACCCAUAAUGAACGGGAGCAAUCUAGGCUUCUCUUUGUAUAUUUCACCGUUACUCAUCCGCUUCCGUAUUUACGUUACCGAUUUACGUUACGUUGAGAGCGUGCUUCCGUAUUUAAUCGUUUUUAAUACUGUCAGGAGAGAUGAGGUCUUUAAUAAAUUAAUAUCGUUUGUAUAAGAUCGCACAGGGAAUUGAGAGAUGUAUGUGCGUGUGUGACUUGGAGAUAUCCGUCGUUGUUUUAAAAUUAACUCACAUUGCUUUGUAUGCCCACAUGGGAUUUAUUUAUUGUUGGUUUCAUCUUUUCUUAACCCUAAACCGUAUAAGUGCGACACAUGAUCUCUGACAUUAAUACGGUGUGAAGUGUGUGUCUUUAUAAGAUUUAUCUAAAGAGAGAUAUUCCAUCAUCGAAAGUUUCCUUCGAGCGGAUCACCGAACACUGAAGUUCAUUUCGUGACGUUUCACAUUAGAACGAUGAGUUUAUUGGUAUAAUAUUGAGAGAUUUCGUUACAAUUAAAGUUCGUAUAUAAAUUUAGUAUACCGAUAUGUACGCGUUAGAAUGUUUUAUACUGUUUAGGGUUAAUCGAGUGCGUGUAUAUAUACGGGUGUAUGUUCAUUUGUCGAUCGCUUCGUCGAUUGUUCAAAUCAGAGGAAAGAACCGCGUUUGCUAGAAAAAUAAUUUAUCCUGACAAAAUUCUCGUCGUCCUUACAUCGAGCCUUACAAUACAGAAUAUAUGUACGUAUAUGCGACAUACGUAUGUACAUCGCAUAGGUAUCUCGAUACACGAGCUACCGCAGACAGGCAGAUCGGCUGUGACACGCGCCAAGUAACGUCACGGGUGUAUCAUUAUUGCUGUUAAUCCUUUUACUGGCAAAACGAAGAGAACGACUUUGAGUAUAAAGCGAUUGAAAUCACGAACAGUCCGUAAACCCAGUUGUACGGUAAACCCAGUGUUGCACUGGAAAGGGAACGUCCCAGUGCAACGCUGCGGUAAAUAUAAUUCAGUAAUUCAGAAGCACUGAUAAAGGAUCAACAACAAAACCGAUCUCCUCAGCGCGCGGUCGGAUACAAAAAGGAACAAAUCUUGAAAUACUAAAUCUCUUUCGUCUCGUCUACUUUCGAAGGAAAGAAAACGAAUGAAAUCAGCACCUUUGUGUAUAGUAUACUUCACGCAACGAUUAAUUGAAACAAUACGACUUUUGCAAAGUACAUUUUGCAAACAGUACGAUAUUGAGAUAGCGAUGGAGGAAGUCGAAUUUUACAGCAAUUCGUAAAACACAAAAAGUGAUGCUGGUCGCACCUGACGGAUAAGAUUUUGAAAUAAAUGCAUAAUUCGUGUCAAUAAUUGUAAAAUUAAUCCUACCUGAAAAAGUAGAAUAAUGAAUUAUGAGCUUCGCCAUCUUUGUGCUGAUAAGCAUUAAAAUUUUUAUUACUUAGUUACGCUAUUACUCUUGUAUUAUCGAAAAAAAAAAAAAUACUUGUUCACCUA